AUGGCGCUCUACUGCGGCGACGGCUUCGGCGUGUACCCGCAGCCCGGCCUGCCCGCCGCCGCCCCGGGCGCGCCCCCGGCCGCCAGGGCGCCCUACGCGCUGGCCGACUACGCGGCGCCGCCGGCCGCCGCCAACCCCUACCUGUGGCUCAACGGGCCCGGCGCGGGCGGCCCGCCCGCCGCCGCCGCCUACCUGGGCGCCCCGCCGCCGCCGCCGCCGCCCGGGGCCGCGGCCGGGCCCUUCCUGCAGCCGCCGCCCGCCGCCGGCUCCUUCGCGUGCGCACAGCGGCCCUUCGCGCAGCCCGCGCCCGCCGCGCCCGCCUCGCCCGCGGGGCCCGCGGCGCCCGGGGAGCUGGGCUGGCUGUCCAUGGCCAGCCGCGAGGACCUGAUGAAGAUGGUGCGGCCGCCCUACUCGUACUCGGCUCUCAUCGCCAUGGCCAUCCAGAGCGCGCCCGAGCGCAAGCUCACGCUCAGCCACAUCUACCAGUUCGUGGCCGACAGCUUCCCCUUCUACCAGCGCAGCAAGGCCGGCUGGCAGAACUCCAUCCGCCACAACCUGUCGCUCAACGACUGCUUCAAGAAGGUGCCCCGCGACGAGGACGACCCAGGGAAAGGUAAUUACUGGACUCUGGAUCCCAACUGCGAGAAGAUGUUCGACAAUGGAAACUUCCGUCGGAAGCGAAAGCGGCGCUCGGAGGCCAGCGGCAGCUCCGCGGUGGCCGCAGGGACUUCCAAGUCAGAGGAGGGGCUGUCCUCGGGACUGGGGACCGGAGUGGGCGGCACGGCCGAGGCAGACAGCUCCUCCCUACUGCGGCCGGCGCAGUCGCCCGAGCCCGAGCGCGCCAAGAGCCCCGCGUCCCCUCCGGGGGGCCCGGUGCUGGCCUCGGCCCCCUGCCUCAGCGCCUUCUUCAGCAGCCUCGGCAGCACCCAGCGCGCCGGCGCCGGCAGCCGCCCCCCGGGGGUCCAGGGCACCCAGCUGCCGCCCGGCAGCGCCUUCCCCGAGGCCUCCGCAGACGCCUCCUCGCUGAGCACCGGCGGCGGCGGCGGCCAGCGGGCUUCCUACUACGGCGCCUUCCCUGCCGGCGCGGGCGGGGGCCAGAGCAGCCCCUUCAGCAGCCCCUUCUACAACCUGGGCGUGGUCAACAGCCUCAUCUACCCCCGGGAGGGCUCCGAGGUCUAGGGCACACCUGCGGCGGUGCUGCGACCCCAGCCCGUCUGGGUGGGGCUGAGCUUCUGCAUUUCUCCCCUGCCUGAUCCUGGCGGUCCUGUUUCUGCCCCGGAGGAGCCAGGUGGAGCCGGGAA